CUGAAGUUGAAGAAUCACCAAAGAAUCACCUAAAACUCGCGAAGAUUCGUUAAAUUAGAGGACAACACCGAUCAACCCUACGAAAUAUAUUCUUGUGGUCAACGGCAUUUAGAGACCAUGGUUUUCUCGAAUCAAGAUGCCCGGCCUGGACUAAAGAAGUCAGGUGAGAAAAGGGCGCUCCGCUCUCAGGGGUUGCCCUCGCCGGCUCUGUGCUGCGCCUGUGGUCUCUGCAUCAUGCUAGCGGGCAUUAACAUCACCCUUGUGGGCGCUCUCGCCUUUACCAAACUUCUCCCCUUAAACAACCCUCCCAUCAUCAUCGGGCCCAUCCUCCUCCUGGUGGCCUUUUCAUUUUUCGGAGCAUGUUGCAUCUGCAGUCGACGACCCAUCGGACAAACCUCUCGGAUAUCUGCCGGACGGGAACGUUGGCCGUUAAUGAGGAUGGGCGGAGCUGUGUUUGAGAUGGAGACCAGUGAGCCCACCCUACAGGACACCACUGCCAUUCAGCUCAGUCCAACUAACUCUCCAAGCUCCUCCCACCGCUGCAGCCCCACCCACCUUCCCGGGACUUCGCCCCUCCCUUCAGAAACCUCAAAGGGCACUGAUUUGAGUUUACAAAACCCCACAGUUGGUGAUUCGUACUCAUAGUUUGGACAUCAAACUCUGCGAACCUGCCUGCCUGCAAACGUCUACAAUCAUGGU